AUGAAGUUCUACAGCAGAAAGACCGAGUCGGCAGUCGUCGCCUCUACUCAAGAAGACAUGCUCAGCAUCGUUUCAGCAUGGUCUCCUGAGGAGCGUGCUGAUCGAGAGAAAAAGUUUGUGAGGAGGAUCGAUAGACGCCUGCUUCCUAUUCUGAUUCUCAUGUAUAUCAUGAACUAUAUCGAUCGAAAUGCUCUCCCACAAGCACGUAUACAAGGUCUCGAGGCUGAUAUUGGUCUGAAAGGGGUAGAGUACAACGUUGCGCUAUCGGUACUAUUUGUCGGCUAUGUGAGCAUGCAGAUUCCCAGCAACAUGAUCCUAGGUAUAGUUAGACCAAGCUGGUAUCUCGCCACCUGCAUGGUCGUUUGGGGAAUUGUGAGUGGCUGUAGCGGCGCUGUCCAAGGCUUCGGUGGUCUGGUAGCUGCACGAUUCUUUCUCGGCAUUACUGAGGCUCCCUUUUUUGUAGGAGUAGCCUUCCUCUUCUCGGGUUGGUACACUAGGAAAGAGCUCGGCACACGACUGGGCAUCUUCUUUUGCGGCGCCAUGCUUUCAGGGGCCUUUGGCGGUCUGUUUGCAGCUGGUAUUGCUGCAGCUUUUCGCAACAACAGAAUUGAAAGCUGGCGGUGGCUGUUCAUCAUUGAAGGUGUUGCUACCGUGGUAUUCGCUGUUGCCACUGGUUUCAUCAUUCCUGAUUGGCCAGCCACAACGAAAUGGCUCAGCGAGGAAGAAAGAGCACUUGGCGUCGUGCGCCUCGUGGAAGACGCCGGUGAUGAAGAGGAAGACAUUAGUACAAAUGCAGCUUUCAAGAUGGCAGUGACCGACUAUCGUGUUUGGCUCUGCAUUCUUGGUCAAGUCUGCGUUCAGGCUGUUGCCAGCUUGACCAACUUUCUCCCAACUCUGGUUCGGAACUUCGGCUUCUCUACGAUACACACACUUUUGCUUACUGCACCACCUUACGUUUUGACUGCAGCGAUAUGCGUCUUGAAUACCUGGAAUUCUGACCGCACUUCGAAUCGAUCGCUGCAUAUCGUUGUUCCUACUCUUGCCACUGUUGCUGGCAUUAUCAUCACGCUCGCCACCACGCACAUUGGUGCACGAUAUUUUGCACUCUUUCUCAUGCUGCCAGGCACGUAUGCCUGCUUCCAAGUAUCAAAUGCCUGGAUGGCAAGCAUUGCAGCCAGACCACGCAAGAAGCGUGCAAUUGCUUUGGCUAUGAACAACUCCUUCGGUAACACCGCCUUAACAUGGACGCCGUAUCUCUAUCCAAGAAGCGAUGGGCCACGGUAUGUCAAAGCUUGGUCGGUGAACCUUGGUCUCUCGGCAAUACUUUUGAUCUCCACCAUUGCGCUGAGUCUGUUGUUGAGAAGAGAUAAUCGCAAGGCUGAUGCUGCAGCUGUACAGACUUUUAGCACUGAAACUAAGCGUUCAGACGGCCUCAAGAGCGACGACAUGCAUGAAGUCGUGGAGUCCGAGUUUGGUAAUGAGACUGUUGGUCGUGAGUUGAGAGGGAGAAAUACUGGUGCUACAGCAAGAUUCCAGGUUUAG